CACACACACACACAUGGAUUCAUGCAUACACACACAGACAACCAAGCUAGAGAAAGCAUGUCAAAGAUUAAAACAGCACUGUUAUGAAGAAUCUACAGACUCUUAAUUUCGCGCCAAUUUUGGCUCUGGCAAGUUUGUUCAUCAACAUAAGUGGGUCAAUCGACCUUCACCCAGUCCUGACUGGCCCUCACAUGGCCUACCUCAGCUCGAGGGUGGCUUUCCGGUGUAUUGUAUCCGACUCCUCUCCGCCAAUCACCUAUGAGCUGAUGGGGGAUGGUGGUGUCCCGAUUGCCACAGGAACUGAUCUCCAAGGAGACCAACCUGCAUCGUUCUUUCUGAAGGUCGCCGCAACAUCCGAGGGAUCAUACCGCUGCAAGGCGACGACUGAAGGAAGCACGGGGGUCAGCAACAUCAUCAAGCUGAGCGUAGUCACUCCAGCAUCAAAUACCAGAGUGACUUCUGAACCCUUCCCUCCAGUCGCAUACGAGGGGUCACGCAUCGUCCUGAAAUGCAACGUCACAAAGGGCUCCCACCUGUCCUACACCUGGUUUUUCAACAGGAAGGAAGUAAUAUCUUUAACCUCUCCCCCUUUCCACCUCACUGGGAACGAGUUAGUGAUGGCAGAGGUGACUCCUGAGCAUGCUGGGCACUAUUCUUGCAUGGCUUGGUCCAUGGUUCAUGACACCAGGAGGUUUUCAGGCAGCACAGAGGUCAAGGUCAAAGUCAAAGUAUCAUAUCUGUCCCCAUCUUCUCCCCUUGUUAUACCUCCACCAGCGUAUGUAUCAAAGCCGAAGAUCUCUUUCUCCAUCUUCAAAGAGGGAGACGGUUACCGUGGCAACGUCACCUGCUGGUCAUCAAGAGGGAGUCCGCCGGUCAACUUCUCUCUUUCAGUGGAUGACAAGGAAAUUGACUCCGUCACAGCGACUGAAUCCCUCGUCGCUUGGUUCCCUGUCGCCAUGGUACCUGGGCUGGAUAUGGGCGUGGCGCGAUGUCGGGUGAAAACUGAGAUACAGGAGUUGAUGAGUGAACCUGUGACUCUGGAAGUGGUGCCGGUUGGAGGUGAUGUGAAAGUGGAGGUGGAGUAUUUCUACAGAGCCGACUCCAGGCUGGCCGCCGCCAGUCUGAGCUGUCUGUUCAGCAGAGGAACCUUCCCUUACAUCUCCUGGCUUUUGAACGACUCUGUCCUUCUUCCUGAGACACAUGCGGACACCCAGUUUCAGCCCGUCCAGCCUCACUUUGCCCUCGCCAACCGUAGACACAGCCUUGUCCUCACUAUGCUCACCUCAGAGGAGACUGGGUAUUACCGCUGCAGGGUCCGGGACAGCUACGAUGACUCUGGGCCCUGGGUGGAGAGUGUCGCUGUGCUGGUCCGAGUCACAGACAGGAACCUUAACUCCAUGCCUCGGGCAACAUCUCCUACUGAAACGCCACCAAAGCUUUUCAUCACCACCACAGAGGCGAUCAGCAUCGCGUUCUGCUGCUUCCUCCUGCUCAUGUUGGCAGUUGGCGUAGCCUGUGUUUACAGGAUGUUUGCCCUCAACCACGCUCAUGCCCAAAUUGCUACGACAAUUUCUGAUGCGCUUCCUCUGUCUGCACCCGCGUCCCAUUUGAGAGACAAGCAGGCCCAAACCACCUCUACAAACAGUGACGUCCUGAGUCAGACCCGAGAGAUCACAGUAUGACACAAGAGGAAGAUCCUGCACCUCUCAAAUCCUCUAUUUCAUCACCUCUUUGUGCAAAUUGCCAUAAUUUCAGUUCAGCUGCAUUUUUUUUGGUUUGCACUGCAUUUGUUCAUAUGUCAAGUUGCUUAAGAAACUGGGCGAUUCAGUUCAGAGGUGACAUUUUUUCAGCAUAACUACUGUAUACUGUCAUCGUUGUUUUUUCCCCAUUAAAAAUUCAACUUUCAAA